ACUGGUGUGCUUAUCUUCAGUGGGGAUUAGACGGUCGACAGAACGAGCUCUAAUUGAUAAAGAUGAAGAUCGUCGUGGAUUACGUCACGUGGUUCCUGAUUGUUUCAGUUCUUACUUCCGUGACCGAAUCCUGUAACUACAUGCCGUAUCACGACAUCAGAUGUUACGUAGAGAAUGUUAAUGGUCAGUAUUUACUGCGGCCAUGUCCACCCGGGGACUAUAUAAACCCUAAAACCUGUCGGCUGGAGACGAUACCGCACAACAUGCACAUUAGCUACAGUGAAAAAUGCACCCAAACUUUAAGCGGGAGUGGAAUCUAUAUCACGUGGCAUGAGGCUCAUUCCCAUGGUGCCUCUGUAACAACCACAACCAAGUCUACCCCAAGCAGCAGCACAGCAUCUGUACAUGUAGAUCAUCAUAGUAAAUGUUACCAGGGACACUCCUACUAUCGAGGCAUUUUCGACAAUGCAGAAAAGGAGAACUGCCAUACAUCAUAUUCAGUGUUCGAUAAAUUGUAUUACCUCAUGUACAACGACCAUGACUGCAUGUCUACCUUAGUGCAGGUGAUGGCAAAUCUGAACUUGCCAAGCUGUGAAUGUCACGGCAGUUCCAUAUCUUAUCCCUAUCGUGGAUCUAGUUCGCGAUAUGAUGACUGUAUCAGAGAAACUGUGUACCAAGAUGUUUUGGACACCUAUCUGACCCAUCAACCCCAUCACGUGUCAGGGACAGGCGUGUACUGUCAAAGUCGUCAUAAAUUGUGGGGCGACCUUUUCCGUUUGCAGAGUGCUUCCAGUGCCCACUGUUCUAACGAUUUUAUCUAUCAGAUGAAGACUGCCUAUGAUAUGAAUGCUUCACCAACAUGCUCCGCCUGUCACACUGUUGGUACGCACAACCAGGUCACAUCAUCUCCCAACCAGCAACACUUCACGAAACCUGAAAAGUAUGCAGCUUAUAAGAAAGGAGAAUGCCUCAGUGAGCACACGGUAUGGUCGUUCCUUUAUUACGAAACUGGAUAUCCUAAUGGCUUAAGCAGAGAAAGUGUUAUACAGGAAAUGGCAGCACUCUUUCCUAAUGGCACAGACGAUACGUGUGUUUGUACUAAGAAUAAGGAUCUGCACUUCGUCUCCCUAGGACAUCAAGACUAUGUCCAAUCUUGUUCGACCUACAACUCUGACUACAGAGGCGCUAUAUCACAUCUACUGGACCACAUGAAUAGUGUCAAUUCCUCUCCUCAGACAUGUCAUUCGCAUACAGCAAUUUGGCUGGAACUUAACCAUAUAGCAAAAAGCAGUUAUGGUGAAGGCUGUAUCCAGGACCUCAUUCACCACUUAUAUACCUCCGUACAGCGGCAAGGAUACCCGUGCACCUGCCAGACUGCAUCAAUAACGAGCUCAUCUACCGCCAGAACGUCGACGACGCCACAACCGACAACGACACCACAACUGACAACAACAAUGAUCACAUCAUCUCCCAACCAGCAACAUCUCACGAGACCUGAAAGGUAUGCAGCUUAUAAGAAAGGAGAAUGCCUUAGUGAGCACACGGUGUGGUCGUUCCUUUACUACGAAACUGGAUACCAUAAUGGCUUACGCAGGGAAAGUGUUAUACAGGAAAUGGCAGCACUCUUUCCUAAUGGCACAGACGAUACAUGUGUUUGUACUAAGAAUAAGGAUAUGCACUUCGUCUCCCUAGGACAUCAAGACUAUGCCAACUCUUGUUCGACCUACAACUCUGACUACAGAGGCGCUAUAUCACAUCUACUGGACCACAUGAAUAGUGUCCAUUCCUCUCCUCAGACCUGUCAUUCGCAUACAGCAAUUUGGCAGGAACUUAACCAGAUAGCAAAACACAAUUAUGGUACCAGCUGUGUCCAGGACCUCAUUCACCACUUAUAUGCCUCUGUACAUCAGCAAGGAGAUCCGUGCACCUGUCAGUCUGCAUCAAUAACGAGCCCAUCUACUGCCAGAACGUCAACGACACCACAACCGACAACCAUAUCACCACUUACACCACAACCAACAACACUUCAACCGACGACGACUGCACAACCGACAACCACAUCACCACCAACUUUACAACCGACAGCCACACCACCACUUACACCACAACCAACAACAACACUACAACCGACGACGACUCCACAACCGACCACAACAAUCAGUAUCACAUCGACACCAUCAACAACAGUUAAAAUCAACACAUCGACAAAAAUGACCAUAAGCAAUAUUUCAACAUCACCUUCUGCAACACCCACAACAUCUCAAACGUCAGGACAGUCCACCUUGUGUUCGAAAAUACGCACCAUCACAGAACUGGCCAAAUUUCAACAACUCUAUCCACAGUUCAAUGUUGACUGUUCAAAUCAUGUGUCUACAUCUACCUUUAUUAUUAGGGACCUUUGUGACUCUGUUCCUAGUUCACAACAUUGGAAACCAGGCACAAGGAUAGUUGAUGCUUGUGACAAUCUGAAGCACUAUCAGCCAGUAGCAACCUUUAGUUCGUCCGUAUACCCUGUCGAUGGACUUGCCGGAAUAUUCUUGGGCUGCACCAAUACAUCUAUCAAGGUUGCAACGCAGGAGUGUGGCGGUAAAUUUGAAAUUAUGGAGCUUUCCAGAAACACCAAUCAGCCUGAGAGUUUUACCCACACCGCCUCAAACUAUUACCUUAUAAGAUAUUAGCCAUUUACACCAAUUAUGACGUUGACGGUAUCAUAUAUUUUUGGACAAUAAAGGAUAGUUUGAUAAACAUUUAUAAGAAA